AUUACCGGUUAUUGUUUCUAGCGUGCCAGCAGAAUUCAUUCUCCUUUACCUUCUAGAUACUUAAACAUCGUACAAGAUGCCGUAAGACGCUAGCACACUGUUCAGUCUUAAGUUGACUUUCACUUUGAUUGCGACGCUUUCACUCUGAGUUCAACAUUGCUUUCACUGUGAUGUACCCCUAGACAUCUAAAGAAGGAGAGAGCUCUUCCCAGUACUCUCUGUGCCACCAUCAACACCACCGUAGUUGCAACCUCACAUUACCAAGUGAACUCCAAAAAACACAACAGGUCAUUGCACUGCUGAUACUAGAGCAGAAUGUCUGCCGAUGACGAUGGUCUUGCUGAUGACGCCUGGUAUCACUCGGUCGAGAAUUUGCACACUCCACAUCGGAUCACUUACCCCAGUGCUGGGGCCUUCCAACAUCUACCACUUCGAAACACAAUCGCCGGGAUGCCAGAGCUUCCGCAUCGUAGUGCACACACGGUGUUCCUUCGCGAUCUGCCAGCACACUGCUACACGCUGCCCUUGACAACGCUGAACUUCACCAUCGUCGAGAUCCUCGUGUUCCUACCAAACUGGUUCAAGAAUAGGGCGAUCUGCGCACACCUAAUGAACAACGAUCUUAAUGCCAACGUGCAUUUCAUGAUCCUUGACGAACAUCGUGAAAAUCAGCUCACCAGCGAGCAGGAGCGGAACAAAGCUCGAAAGACGCUCACCGACGAGUAUCGCAAGACGAUGCGUACAAUGGUCGAGGGGUGGACCAAAGUAAAGCACACGGCGUCGCCUGACUGGGAUCCGACAACACUGUCGUUGGAUGGAUUCGAGCCAGACGACGUGCAACUCAAUGGAUAUCGUCGGCUACCCUCCAUUCCCCUCCGCGACCUGAUGCUCGGAGUGAAAAAAAUUCCGCAAGGUACCCAUGCUGGCGACCUAACGCGUGCAAUUCAAUUUUCGCUGGGAUCCCCACAGGACUACAUGUUCCCGGACGAUCUGGCAAGCAUCUUGGACUUCAUUGGUCGCACUCACAUCACGAUUGCGCAUACUGAUCGUCCUAUUAUCCGACACUAUGUUGAGAUGAAGUACUUGAAAGAUGAUGCGAAGAAGGUUGCUCCCACAUACAAUGUAGGCGCCCCUGUAAGCGCGCAGACCCAGUCGACUCAGAAUGCAUUCGGUGUGCUGAUACAAGACAAAUUACAGAACGAAGAGUAUUUCGUGACGGUAGGACAGAAAAUGGUAGCGCAGACGCCAAUUCAGCCGGCCAUUGAACACGGAGUACAUCAGCUACCACUUGGAAUCGAGAUAAGCAAAACCGAACAUCAAGCCAUCGACCAUCCAAUGCAUAUUAGCCAGGUCGGUCGUUCAAGCGAAGAAAUAGAGAUGGAGGAUCUACUGCUGGAACAUCUGGAUCACGGCGCUAUCCAGUUGUCAUCACUGUCAGAAAGCCCAGGUUAUGCUCCCGGCCAACUUCUGCGUGAAUGUAUCGAAGGAGACUUGGCGUUUGAUGGAACUCCGCUGGCACGAGCUGCUCGGUUCGCUCAGCGACCAGAUCAACUCAAUAUAGAUUGGCAUAUUGGCCAGACCCAGUGGCUUGUUUCGUUGCUGGAUGCUGCUCGACUUGAAGGAUCACCACAGGGGCUGUGAUCAUCCAAUCUGCGGGUGCGAUAGCGCGUCUUGGCAGCGAUAUGCAGCCAGCACCCUUCGUCUUUCGAAGUCCAUGGAACCUUUAGCGUCCUGAUUGUGAUUUCAAGUC